GGGAACAGGGCACCCACGUCGUCCAUUGUUGUCGAUUGUUGGCGGCUUGUGUCUUCUGUUGGUGCGAUAGUUUCAAUCAGAUAGCCGAGAGACUUCUUGCACGACGCGGGUGUUUGUAGGUUGGGGAUCCGACCGCCCAGGGCAUAUCUUUGCCCGAUUGACUGCUGUUUCUGAGUUUCACCUUAAUAAAGUACCAUUAUGCAGUCUCGUGUAUCGCGUGCACGCUCCGCUGUAUUUUGAUGCUUUUUAAGCGCACUAAGCGACGUGCCAUCUCAGGUGACAGUUUAGUCGAGGCCAAACAAUACCUUACGUAGACCCACACUUGCUUUGAGCAAACACGUGACGCCACACGACGAACUGAUUGUUUUCCGAUCUGCGUAACCAUGUCUUUCACGGAGAAGCUUCAGCAGAGGCGGAAGAUACAGGAGGACACAGCUAAAGUUUUUGAGGACUACGGCAAGAAGAAGCAAAUAUUCAAGACAGGGAAGUCGCGUUUAUUGAGAGAGGACUGCGAGAAACAACUGCGGGAACUCAAUAAUGUUGGCAGUGAGCCUCCAACAGAAGUAUGUGAAGUGGAGCUUCCCGCGGAGGAGCACACAACGCCAACACGCGACCUAGCGGCUGCGCAUCCGGCGCCGUCCCCUCCUGGCCCUGAGUUGAGGGUGCGGAAACAGUGGGUGCUGUCGGAGAACGUCAAGUUCCGUCAAGAUCGCAAGAGUCCAGAAGUACUCAACAAGGCCAAAGAAAUUUCGGUUCGGUUUGGAUUGCCGAAGGACGUUUGCUUGCGACUGGGUCUGCUUUUUCAGUUUCGCGACACGAAGCGUGGGGAGGAUAUGCUCACCGUUUAUCUGACAGCGCUACAACGACUGAAGCAGGGAUUCGACUGCGCUAAAUUGGCGAAGCGCUCUCUCAAAGUGAAAAAGAAGUUUCUGAAAAUUGACCCAAAGACUCGGACACUGUACAUUAAAGGCCUUGGUCCUAUAUUCAGGAAAACGACUGCUCUGGAUCUGCGCGCAGUCCAGGACGUAUAUGCGGGCACGUCGGAGUCACCCGAGUUUCAGGAGGUUAACCGGAGAAUCAAAACAUUGGGCCAUCGCCUAGAAGAAAACCGGUGCUGCGUCGUCAAGACGGAAGUGCGCACGUACAGCUUGAUUUUGAACUCCGCCUGUGACACGGAUGACUUGUUCGCGACCGUCGAUCUGCUGAAGGGGAACCAUGGACCAGCAGUUUGGCGAGAAGACAAUAGAGCAGCUGAAAAUGUUUUUCGAGUAGAAGGGGCUAUGGAUAUGAGUUUGUAACUGCGAAGCAGAUUCCAGAAUGAUUGUGUAUGCAGUUUCUUUCUAAGGCCUGUGUCCCACGUGCUGUCGUACAAGCGUUUCGUGUUCCGAGAAAACUCCACCCACUUUACAUGCCCGCAGGUAUCAUAAGAAGUUCUGCGGAACGGUCUG